AUGAGCCCACUGCGGACACUGGCCGGUGGACCGACUCGUUCCAUCUUCUCCAGUACCUCCCCGCCAAGCCGAUCCAUGACGCAACCGACGUCAUCUUCGAUCUACCGGAUCCAGAUCUUGCGCCUCGUGAAGAUCCCCACCGGCACCGAGAAUACUCCGGCACCUAAAGUCAGGGUCCAAGCACCAUCUCAGUCACCUUAUCGGCCGAUGUGGUUCGGCAGCUGGAAUUGCAACUCCAGCUUGACAGCGGCAAGUGCAUCUCCGUCGAUCUGGGGCAGGUCGCGGGCCAUCGCUACACCUUCAGGCAUGCAGCAUCAGCAACACCAACAGUGCAACAUCAGCCAAGUCCAGCGUAAUCCACGACGCAAUCUCCGUCCUGGAAGCCAGGGACGGAUACAGUCUCGUUACUGCUCAUGGCGGGCUGCAUGUGAUUCCGUGCACGACCCAGUGGUUACUCUACCGCUACUGGGGAAGAUCUGA